UCCACCGGAGAAGACGAGCCACACCUCUUCUUCUGUCACUCCAUCAUCGUUCUCAUCAUAGCCAUGUACUCACAGAGAUCCUCGAUGGGCGGCUUCGGCUCUGGGAGAUCCUCCUACGGCGGAGGCAUGAGCUCCAACAGCAUGUCGGGAGGAGCAAUAGGUGGUGGUAUCAGGGUCUCCCAGGCCAGCAGGAGCUUCUCUUCUGGCGGUGGUGGCGGUGGCUACGGUUUCGGAGGCGGAGCAGGUGGUGGUGGAGGCUUCGGCUUAGGAGGCUUCGGCUCAGGUGGCGGAGGAGGUUUCGGCGGCGGCGGCGGUGGUGGUGGCGGUGCAGACAGCAGCAACUCGAUCGGCAACGAGAAGUUCGCCAUGCAGAACCUCAACGACCGCCUGGCCACCUACCUGGCCAAGGUGGCGGCGCUGGAGAAGUCCAACGGUGAGCUGGAGCUGAAGAUCAGGGGGUUUGUGGAGAGCAAGGUCGGCCCGAGCGCCAGAGACUACAGCCACUUCUUCGUGACCAUCGCAGAGCUGCAGGGCAAGAUCCAGGACGCCAUCCUGGUCAGAGGGUCGGUGCUGCUGAGCGUCGACAACGCCAAGCUGGCUCAGGACGACUUCAGGAUGAAGUUCGAGAAUGAGCUGUCGAUGCGUCAGUCGGUGGAGGCCGACAUCGCCGGGCUCAAGAUGCUGCUGGGAGAACUGAGCCUGGCCAAGAACGACCUGAGCAUGCAGAUCGAGAGUCUGAACGACGAUCUGGCGACCAUGAAGAAGAACCACGAGGAGGACCUGAUGACCUCGCGGACUCAGAUGAGCGGCCAGGUGAAUGUGGAGGUUGACGCCGCUCCUCAGCAGGACCUCUCCAAGCUCCUGGAGGACAUGAGGGACCACUACGAGAACAUCACCGCCAAGACCAACAAGGAGCUGGAGUCCUGGUACCAGAGCAAGACGGAGAUGCUCAACACGGAGGUGGCGACCGCAGAGGUGACGAUGAAAUCAACCACGUCGGAGGUGAAGACCGUGAAGAGUCAACUUCAGUCUCUGCAGCUCGAGCUCCAAUCACAGCUGAGCAUGAAAGCGUCUCUUGAAGCCCAACUCAACGAAAUCCAGAACCGCUACUCCAUGCAGCUGUCUGGGUACCAGAUGCAGGUGACCUCCAUGGAGGAGCAGCUGGUGCAGCUGAGGGCCGACCUGGAGAGGCAGGGACAGGAGUACCAGAUGCUGCUGGACAUCAAGACCAGGCUGGAGAUGGAGAUCGCCGAGUACAGGAGGCUGCUAGAAGGAGAGGGUCUCGGAUCUUCGUCCACUUCCUCCUCCUCAACCUCCACCACCACCACCACCAAGGUCACCAAGGUCAUCGAGAAGGUCGUCUGAGACCAAUCGGCUGUCUGUCUGACUUAUGGGGGCGGAGCCAGAUCCAUCAACCUAUCAUCUUCCUGCUUGCUCAACCUAUGGUGUCUCUCCUCUUCAUCACUUCUCACUCUGCUGUUAGUUACAGCAGUGAGUCAGCUGAUGGUGUGAACGUUAAAGCUUCUGUCUGCUCUACGCAAUAAAACUCUUCUCA